UCAUAAAAGCCGUUUCAUAUGAAUGUUGGUGGAGGGACAGAAUGGCCGGCACUUCAUGUCUUGGGGUAUGGAGACUUGCAAGUGCUUGUUCUUCUCAAACAAGAGCCAUGUUGCGGUGUGCCAGACUGCCUGUUGUCACAGAGACAGCUGCGAUGUUGUGUCAGCACAGCUGCUGUCGUCCCCAGCUUAUAUUGUACAGAAAUGCAGGAUUCUUCAACCGAUUGACUGCGGAUGAAUUAUGGCAGGGGGUGCAAGGAGUCAGUAAUGCUGGCAAGAAACGAGGGCGUGGCAAGCUGCGGACAGGUGGUCGGCGGCGGAUAAACCUUAACAGGGGCCAGGUGAUUGGAGAAGGAAGCACAGCCAUGGUGUGGCCUGGGCUCAACACUCAGGUGAUUCAGGGCAGUCACCUUCUGCGUGUUCAGCAGCUGUCCGCUAACACACAGCGCAUGAAGAGGAUCCAGGAAGCUCGGGAUAAAGGGACCAAGCGCAAAUCUAUCAAAACGCCAGCUCUGAAACGGGGCUUUACUGGAGCCAAGUUUCCUGGGCAAAGUGUUGGAGCUCCUGACCCAGUUGGAGACUAUGAGUUUGAAGGUUUCGACGCAAAGAUACUUGAGUUUAAGUUGGUUGCCAACAUGACCGGAAAUCUGGGCAAGAAGUUCCGGUCAAGCGCAUUUGUAGUGACAGGCAACAAGAAUGGCCUUGCAGGUUAUGCUCUUGCGAAAUCGUCCAGCUUUGACGGUGCCUUCAGGAAAGCCAAGAACAUGGCAUCCCAGCGCUUGCAGUACGUCGACAGGUUCCAGGGACACACAGUGUACCACAACUUCUACUCCAAGGAGAAGGAGACUGCAGUGAUGGUCAGGAAAGCGGCCAAAGGCCAUGGUCUACGGUGUCAUCGAGUUCUCAAAACCAUCUGUGAAAUUAUAGGCAUCGAGGACAUUUAUGUGAAAGUAGAGGGGUCCACAGGCAAUGUGCAGAAUAUGACCAAGGCUUUCUUCAAGGGUCUUCAGAAGCAAGAGAGCCACCAAGAGCUGUCUGAACGUAUGAACCUUCACCUGGUGGAGCUGCGGCGUGAACGAGACUACUUCCCCAACGUCAUCGCAUCACCCACCUCGGAGGUCAGCACCAAGGGCGUCAAGGAGGAAGUGGUCAACUUUGAAAACCUAUACUUUCGUGGACGAGUGCCACUCUACAAAGCUAAGACCAAACCCUUCUGGCAGAAGCAUCCUCACUGGUACAUUAAGUGGGCUCAACUGCAUGUGGUGCGGAACCAACCUGCAGCUCAGCUAGAGAGAAGAGUUGUUGGAUUUGAACCUAGCACUGAGGAAAAAUCAUUGAGACAAUUACCCUUGAAAGGGACAAGAGAGUAAAAAUUAUGUUGCUGAGAACCUUCAAUGUGUCAAUGUUGGUUAUACUUGUGUGGUAUGAAAACUGUCUUGAAACUGUCCAUGUCAGUGCUUUGGAUGAUCAACAGUGAUAAAAUUAGUCCCUUUCAGGAUUUAUUUUCACUGUCUCACAGAGGGGUAGAGUCAUAAUUUUAGAAAUGGUGUGAUUUUAAUGCUGGGAUAUUCCUGGAACCAAGAUGUGAUGUGGAUGUCUGUGGUAUGCCAUUGCAACAGGAUGUUAUGCACAUGACAUUAAGAUAAUGGUCAAGGGAUGAGGGAAGAAUACGUGUCCAUUCUUUCUGUCUGAAAUUCAUCACUAAACAUGAAAUGAAUGAGCUACAAGAUAAUUUUAGCAUUAUUACAAUCUUGUGUUGAACUAUUCCAGCAUUGUUGAAUAUUUGUGGGACUUUGCUCCAGGAAGUGUUCUCUCCUCCGACCCAAGAUGUUUGUGUGACAGAAGUGUACAUGUGUACUCAUUAUGUGAGAAAGUAAAACAAAUUUGUUUCCCA